CUCCCUUCUCUCUUUCUCUCUGCAAGCUGCCAGUCUACCGGCAUGCCGGCUCAGCGAGAUGACGGUCUACGUGUGGUAUCGCUUCUGCCGUCUCUGACAGAGAUUGUCUGCGCGAUCGGUGGGGGUCUGGAGGAGCACCUGGUAGGUGUAACUCACGAGUGUGACCACCCUCCAGCCGUGGUUGCGAGGUGCGAACGGGUCACGAAUUCGGAGAUCAACCCUCACAAGAUGUCUCAGGAAGAGAUCGACCGCCGCGUUCGGGGAUCCAUGAGGAUGGGGCACAGCCUGUACGGGCUCGAUGAGGGCCGUCUCAAGGCCGCUGAUCCCACCGUCGUAUUCACGCAAGCUCUGUGCGACGUCUGCGCUCCAUCGUUUCCGAUGGUUCUCAGCACCUGCGCUAGGGUUCUCGGCGAUAACCCUAGGAUCGUAUCCAUCGAACCGGGAAGCGUCGCGGAAGUGAUCGACUCCGUUCGUCUCGUUGGGCGCGAGACCGGUUUCACGGAAGAGGGCAUCGCCGAAGCCAGACGUCUGGAGGCCGGCUUCGAAAAAAUCAGAUCGGUCGUCGCAAAACUGGAAAGCACCCUUGCCACGGCGGCGCCGGCGGCAAUGGGGCCCCCAGGAGCGGCGGCCAGGGUAGUGGGGGUAGCUCCCGGCGGGGCUGGUUCUGUCCGCAAGAAAAAGGUGGCAUUUUUAGAGUGGCUGGAGCCUCUCUUUAACGGAGGCCACUGGGUGCCGGAUCUCGUGCGGGCGGCGGGGGGCGAGUACACGAUGGCAGAACCCGGCAACAAGAGCAUGGGCAUGUCGGCGAAAGAGCUGACGGACUACGACGCCGACGUCAUCCUCGUCGCCCCCUGCGGCAUGGACCGGAACCGAGCCAAGUCCGACGGGGAGCAGAUGUGGCGCCACGACUGGUGGCGGGAGCUCAGAGCGGUCAAGGAUGGGAAGGUGUACGCCUUGGACGGCAACGCCUACUACGCCAGACCGGGUCCCCGGCUACUGCAAGGUUGUGGUAUCAUCGCCAGGCUGUUGCACGGGGAUGCCGCGGGGGACGAGAUUGGAGAGGACAUUGCCCCGCGCGACUCGUGGUUCAUUAUUACCGCCCCCCCACCCACUCAGAAGAAACAGAAGGACGUGUGCCCCGAACGGGGCGCUGAUGCUGACGCUGCUUCGGGUACGGUGCCACUAGCCUCCGCGUAG